AUGGACUCGCUCACUACGAGCCUGGACAAGGCUUCCAUUGCGAAUCAGCAGGCAACAACCCAAUCCAAAGAGCAGAAAGUAACACCCUGGGAUGUACAGGGUGGCUAUGUGGAUGGAAGUCAGGUCUCUAUCGACUACGAUAAACUCAUUAAAGAGUUUGGGACGAAGCCCAUCGAUGCUGCUCUACUGGAGCGUUUUGAACGUGUGACAGGCCGUCGCCCUCAUCCGCUGCUGCGACGUGGGAGCUUCUUCAGUCAUCGUGAACUUGAUCAGAUUCUGACCCGCUAUGAGCAGCGUAAGCCCUUUUAUCUCUACACAGGACGUGGUCCUAGUUCAGCGUCCAUGCACCUGGGCCAUUUGAUUCCAUUCUUGUUUACUCAGUGGCUACAGGAUGUGUUUGAUGUACCUCUGGUUAUCCAGCUGACUGACGAUGAAAAGUUCUUGUUUAAGAACGAUCUUAAGAUCGAACAGGUGCAAAAGUUUGCCUUCGAAAAUGCCAAAGACAUUAUUGCCUGUGGCUUUAAUCCUGAAAAGACUUUCAUCUUCUCAAACCUGAACUAUCUUGGCGGUGCCUUUUACCAUAACGUGGUGCGCAUUUCUCGCUUUAUCACCGUCAACCAAUCCAAGGGCACGUUUGGGUUUAAUGAUAGUGACAGCGUCGGUAAGCUGCACUUUGUGUCCAUCCAAGCGGCCCCUUCGUUCAGUAAUUCGUUCCCACACAUUUUUGGCAACCGCUCAGAUAUCCCUUGUUUGAUUCCAUGCGCAAUUGAUCAGGACCCAUACUUCCGUCAGACGCGUGAUGUGGCCGUGCGUCUCAAGUAUCCGAAGCCGAGCUUGAUCCACUCCAAAUUCUUCCCAGCAUUACAGGGUGCCCAGACCAAGAUGAGUGCGUCGAACGAAAACUCGAGUAUCUUCAUGCACGACACGCCCAACCAAAUCAAGAACAAAAUCAACAAGCACGCAUUUUCUGGUGGACAGGAGACGCUCGAGGAGCAGCGCCGCCUUGGUGGUAACCCAGAUGUGGAUGUAAGCUACCAGUACCUGUCUUUCUUUGUCGAAGAUGAUGAGGAGAUUCGGCAACUGGCAGAAAACUACCGGUCGGGCCAGCUCCUCACGGGUGAACUCAAGAAGCGCUGCAUUCAGGAGCUCCAGCGUGUUGUGAGCGAGUUCCAAGAGCGCAAGUCCAAGGUCACGGAUGAUCUUGUCCAUUAUUAUAUGGAUGCCUCUCGGAAGAUAGACUGCACGCCGCCCGAGCCCCGCGGUGUUUCGGCUCCAGUCUCGUAG